AUGGACGAGGGCACUUAUCGUCUGAUUGUCCUCGUCUGUCUUGUCAUCACCGUCAUCAUCAGCCCUCUAGGCAUCAUCUUCAACAUCAUCAACAUCGUCGUUUUCUGUAAACUUGGCUUUAAAGAGAGCACCAACAUUAUCCUGGUCAGUUUGGCUGUGACGGACAUUUGUAUUUUGAUGACGUUACUGGGACUGACCGUCAACGCGAAUCUGAUGGCGAUGGGCGGGGCCAACUUUGACAUUCUCGCUGCUGUCGCCUAUUUAGUUCUGGGUUGGCCCAACGUUUUGGCAACCCGAAUAUCAGGUUGUCUGACAACCUACCUAACCUUUGAAAGGUUUCUGUGUGUGGUCCUACCACUGAGGGUCAAGACAAUCUUACAGAAGAAAACGGCCUUGACAUUUAUCAUAGCGCUGUGUCUAUUCUCGGUGGCCUACUCGGUUCCCAUGUAUCUGGCCAACAGCAUCGGUCUGAGGUUCAACCCCAUGUCAAACCAAACCUCUGUUGGACUUAUCGUGGCGGAGAACAGCGACGUCCUGGAGGAGUUUUCUAUUAGUGUCAACACAAUCAUCGAGUUCACGUCCUUCACCCUCGUCAUAAGUUUCACCGUUGGACUCAUUUCGAAACCAUUUAAUUAA